UGAAAGUCCAAUUCUAUAUCUCACUGCGAUUCGAGAGAAAGAAGUCGCGAUGCUCUGAUAAAUCGCACGUCUCUUCCAGCAAUAGGCAUAGGCGAGUAGAAAAUUCGGAGUAGGGCGACAUUUUUGAAUGGAGGGGUCUACACCGCUUUCGGCAGGGGCGAUGCGCGUGUUGCGAGUCGCGAUAUGCCUUAGGAGCAUGCGUUCGAUAAAGUUGGCAGUACUGCCGCUUCCCGCGUCGCGUGCACGCAUGGCCGCUAUGUCCGAGCGAUCGGUCCGUUGAAAAACGCCGGAGUUUCGGAGUUUAACGUCGGGAUGGAGGAAGUGGGAAUCGGCACCUCGUACGGGAACGAUGAGUGCGUCGACUCGGUGGACUGGGCCACGACGUUCGGCGAGGAGGAGCGACUCCCGCAGAGCGGAGAUGCCGCGGACGAGGAUCGGGAGGAACACGAGUCGGAUGUUAUGGUGGAACACCAGUACGCACUGAUGCCUGCUAUGCAGCAACAGGAGCCAAUUCCAAAGCCGGAACAACACAGCGGAUCAUCGAAAUUAUCCACGAAUGCUUGGGCCUUUCACUGCGCGUUAGACCUUGGUUUGCUCCGCGAAUCUUCCCUCGACGAAGUCGACAUACUCCACAUCGCUGAUUCCUUUGAAUUAAAUUCUCAGUCCGCCACCGAGGACUCGGAAAAAUUUUCUGAUCCCGAAACGAACGAUCGCGAGGAUGAUGCGUGCAAACCCGCGAAUAUCUUCGGUAACUCGUGGCCGUUCAUCGAUCCGGCGCAAAUUAAACGGACCACCAAUACGAAGCCACCUGUCCGGAGGCGAAAGAGGAAAACGCGGCGAAAGAAGAAAACGUGGUCGAUGAGACGGCAAAGGAAAGCGCGUCCGAGAAUUGAUGACGCAACAGCAGAUCUCCCGGCCAAGAGAGACACCUCGUCGCGAAAAUCUAAGCGAGAAAAUUUUACCGUAUCGCACGAUCGCUCGGCGAGAUUAUCGGCGAGGGCAAACUCUUCGUUAACACGAUCUCGCGUUUUCGUUGGCGACGAACGUUUACCCGAAAGUUACAGAUCGACUGGCGAGGACGCCACCGCCGACGACGAUGAUGAAGAAGAAGUAAUUAGUCAAACGACAUCGGAGACGAGCUCCGCCGACGAGAUCGCCCAUGUUGAUUAUUCCGACUCCGAGUACUCCAGAUUCCGUUCGUCGAGUCACGCGAAGGAAGAGUCGCAAAAUCGAACGGAGCUAUCGGAAUAUCCUGAUUACUUCAUGAACGUCCUGCGGAUCGAUAACAGCACCGAGAACAAUCAUUUCGACACCUGGGAGGAUGUAACGACGGUUCCCGAUACUUCCAGAGAUAACGCGCGAAUUUCCAAGUUAGCGAAAAUUACAGAACGACGUGCGUCGCGCAAGGUCCUCGAUAAAUCCGCCUCGCGUCGAAUCGGAAGAGCGUCAUCGAGAAAGAAGGAGCUUGAGUUAAAAGAUAGCGAGGAUCGUUCCGAAGUGGCAAAGAAAAGAAGAAACAGAUUAAUUGGUCGGGAGCAAAAGAAAAUUUUCAAUUCCACUACGUACAAUCAUAAUAAUCGUAGGCGAAGCUCUCACGAUUUGGAGGAGAAUUCUUCAAGACGCAAAUCGAGAGGUGAUGUCGCUGUUGGUACGCGUGAUGUCGCGAAGGAAAUUACGGUACAGAAAUGUUCUGACUGUAAAGCGCAACGGCGUUCUUAUAAUUUUACAAAUGUCGCCUGCCCGUGCAAGAGGAAAACGAAGGACAUGGCUACCGCUAUUAUGCGGGAUAUUCAAGAGUGCAUAAACACGAAAAUUGCAAAGGACCUUAAAAUUAUUAAGAUUUCCGAAACUGAGAAGGAUAUGCUCUCAAAUUCGAAGGAUCUCAGUCGAGAUAUCUCUAUGGAAUAUGAUUUCAUGGAAUACAAUUUGGACGAGGACGACGAUCUUGAUUGGGAUUUCCCGUCUCAGGAAACAAUCAUUUCGAAACAAUCAUUCGAUUUGGUAGAAAGACGCGAAGCAAUGAAUGUCGAAGAAUUAUCGAUGAGCUUUAACAACCGUGCUAGGCGUCGUAAAAAAAGAUACAGAUAUUCGAUCGAUUGUAAAUUCGAUGAGAAAAUAGAAACGGCUUAUCGAAGCGUUUUUCAUGAUUGCGUUGAUUUCGAUACUCCGCGAUCGAGAUCUUCCUUGAAAAUAAACAUGGAGGAGAGCUGGAAAUCGGAGAACAGUAGCGACAACGACGACGACGAGAUCCACUCAUCCUGGCGCCGAUCGACCUUAGAAUCCUCAACUGAAGAAUGCGGUAACGAAGUUGAUGGCGCGCUGCUAUUGGCUCAGAAGAUUGUUAACGACGAUUCGACAAAAGACGAAAAAUUUGACGAGGAAUACGAGGCGUUGAAUAACACAUGUUACAAGUAUCGCGAAGUGUCAAAUUCAACGGCGCGAGAUAAUUCUUUAUACGAUUCGGACGUGGAUUUGGAAAAUAUAGAAUUCAUAAAUCAACGUGACGAAGCGAAGGAUAUAAUCACGUAUAGAAAUAAAAAUAGGACAAUUAAGAGAUCGACAUCAGACUGCAGCCUUGUUAAGGAUGAAGAUGAUGAUUCCAUUGGGGUUCAACAUAAGGAUACGAAAAACAUGAAAGUUGUUAACAAAGUAAAUGUAAUGCGACAAAUCCCACGUAAAAAUUUGGAGCAUUUGAAGCACGAUAGUGAAAGUGAUCCACGUAGAGUGACCAGGGCUCUAGUAAAGACUAAAACUAAAAACUAUAAAGAAUAUCGUGCAGGCAAACUAGUAUGGGGAUUCUUUUCAGGAUGGUGGCCAGCACUGAUCAUCGAAGCUGAACAUGUAGGAAUGGCUCCUGCGCCCGGCAAGAUGUGGGUCUACUGGCUCGGAGAAUCGCACAUAUCGCUGCUCAAAGAAGGCACACAGAUACAACCGUUCUCGAGGAACUUGGAGGAGCGAUUAUCGCAACAGUCUCAUAAAAGUAUUCGUACGCGCGCCAUUGACGCGACUAUACAGAUACUACGCCAACGUUUCAACUGUACUCUGACAAAGCCUUAUUAUUAUUGGAUACAACGGAACAUAUCUGAUAUGGAGACACUGGAUGAGUUAACGUUCUAUCCAUAUCCGGAGCAUAUACUAGAAAGACUGGAAACCUUGAAGGAAAAGAAUGCCAAAGCUACUAAGAAAUUUAUAUUAAAUCAGAAAAGGGAUUCUCCUUCCAGGGAGGCACCACCAUCGAAAAAGCAGAAUAUAGAAAAAAAAGAUGUAAAUACAAGUUGGGAACAGAUCGAUGAUGAGCGUUUAUGUUUGCAACACCAACAACCUGGUGUAAUAGCCUGGGCGAAAAUCCCCGGACACUGUUGGUGGCCCGCGAUGAUUGUUGAUUAUCGUGAUUGCUGUUUGAAAGAACCGAUUUUUGGUUGUCAAUGGAUUAUGUGGUAUGGAGAUUAUCAAGUUUCGGAGGUACGUCAUCUCGAAUUUCUGAAAUUUCACAAAGGAAUAGAAAAAAUGCGCGAAUAUAUUCAAAAUAGUAAUAGACAGCAGUAUCUCGAAGGCGUGCUUCAGGCCUCCAAGGAUUAUUGCUCACGUUUAGGAUGCGACACGGAUAACUGGACUUUAGAUAAUGUUUUUGAAUAUUUUUCGAAUAAUAUUCACAAACCGUAUAACCAAUUACAAGUUUCAGACUCUAAUAAGAUAUAUGAUAAAUAUUCCAGCGUGAUAGUAAAUAAAAUCAACGAUUUGAAGUUCAAGUUAGAUGUAGAUGCUGAACGAAAGCGUGAUAUAAAAGCGAGCAAUGAUCUUCGUCGCGCAAUGUCAGGAGAAUGCGAGAUGGAAGCAUUAUGUUUAAGAUGUCUGAAGAUUUAUAAAGGCAAAAAGGAGGAGCAUCCGUUCUUUACGGGAUCUUUGUGUAAAAAAUGUUCAGACGAGUUUAAACCGUGUAUGUUCGUGCAUGGGAACGAUGGCAAGUGCUUUUAUUGCACCAUUUGCGCUACCACCGGAACCGUUCUUAUUUGUGAUUCAGAAGAUUGUCCACGUGUCUACUGUACGGCAUGUUUGAAAUUUUUGCUGUGUCCAAAAUCAUUCGAUGAUAUGCUGUUGGAAGAUCCGUGGGAAUGUUUCCUCUGCAGAGACGAAAGCAAACAGCCCGCGAAUAUGAUAUUGCGUCCGCGGUUAGAUUGGAAAAAGAGAUAUACACGAAUGUUCCGCACCUCUAAGCUCACGUCUGAUGUCGAUAUUACACAUUAUAAAAAGGAAAAUAGACCUGUGCGUGUACUAUCGCUUUUCGAUGGUUUGAGCACUGGUUUUUUGGUGCUCCAAAAGUUAGGACUUGUUGUGGAAGUUUAUUACGCUAGUGAAAUUGAUGUAAAUGCGUUAACGAUUAGCUCCGCCCAUUUUGGCGAUCGUAUUUCUUAUUUAGGAGAUGUAAGAGGCAUUACAAAAGAGAAAAUUCAAGAAAUUGCGCCAAUUGAUUUGUUAAUUGGUGGAUCACCAUGCAAUGACUUGAGUUUGGUCAAUCCAGCGCGAUUAGGUCUUCAUGAUCCAAGGGGGACUGGCGUUCUCUUUUUCGAGUAUUGCCGAAUUAAAAAACUAGUAGAAAAAGCCAACAAAGAUCGGCACAUGUUUUGGUUAUUCGAGAAUGUCGCUUCCAUGCCAACCGAGUAUAGAUUAGAAAUUAACAAGAAUCUAGGACGGGAACCUGACGUCAUAGAUUCUGCGGACUUUUCGCCCCAGCACAGAUUGAGGCUUUACUGGCAUAACCUUCCCUUUAAUCCUUAUAUGCCGCUGUUUGAAAGCCGACAGAACGUUCAGGAUAAGCUUACGCCAAAUUUGAAUCGAGAGGCUCUAUGCAAAAAACUUCGUACAGUUACGGGCAGAAAGGGUUCCUUAUUACAAGGAAAAGCGGAAUUAAAACCAAUUAUAAUGAAAGGUAAAACUGAUACGAUAUGGAUUACCGAACUCGAGGAAAUCUUCGGUUUUCCACGACAUUAUACGGAUGUGAAGAAUUUGUCAGCCACGAAUCGACAGAAAAUACUUGGCAAAUCUUGGAGCGUACAAACACUUACUGCCAUAUUACGACCUUUAUGCUCAUAUUUUAAGUGCAAUGAAGACGAGACGAAUAAGGAGACUACUUCUUAAGAAGAUAUUUUGCCUCUUUAGCAUUUAAUACAAUUUAACGAAAUUUUCACUUAGUAAAAUUUUCAAAUUGGUCAUCAUUAAUCACUGAUGAUUUAAUUUUUCAUUAAUUUUGGAUUAAUUUGCAUGAUAACUAUUUUAUAUAUAUACAUAUAUAUAUAUAUAUAUAUAUAUAUAUAUAUAUAUGUACAAAUAAUUUUUUAUCUUUGUUCCUGGAUCAAAUUACGUAAUUAUAAUUAUUUCUUAUACGUAUAGAUAUAGCGAAUGAGGUGUUCCUUACCAAUGAUCAUGAUUAAUAUAUAUAUAUAUACACACAUACAUAUAUAUAUUGUACAUCAUCUAGUAUUGAUCUCUGUGUUGCACAAUUUGCCGAAUUAUACACAUAGCAUAAUCUUUAAUUACAUGUUAAUAUUCUAUUAUAUAAUUUUACUGAUAUACAGUACAGGAGAUCAAAAUAUAUAUAGAUAUCAAUAUUUUUGUGUUCAAAACAAGAAAAGGAUGGUAACUAAACAUGAAUCGUUUAAGUUUAGGUUUUAUUAAUUACAUCUUUUUCUUCUUUUACAAACACUACAUUUACUCUGAGUUAUGCGUAGUGAUUUUAUAGCUUGAUUUAACACAAAAUAGUGUAAUUAUUAAAAUGUAACAUAAAAUAUUCAUCUGCUAGUAUAA